CGUCGCCAGCCCCCGCCUCCUUUCUCUGGAAGCUUGGGUCUCCCUGGGAGCGGGUCUGCCCUUGGGGGAGGCCUCUCGGCUCUGUGCCCGGCAGCUCGGCUGACAUUCGGGGCGGACGGAAGAGGGGUUCAGUGCCCCCAGCGUGCACAUGUGCUAGUCGGGGCAGGAAGGAGCGCCUCCGCGGAGGAGUCCAGGAAGAGGGGGAGGGAGAGGCGCUCCAGAAGCUCGGUCCCGGGCACCCUGGUCGGCCGCGGAGGAGCUGCAGCCUCCAACAGGAAGUCGUGUGUCUCUGGCAUGCUACCUGCUCUGCUCUGUGACUGAAGGCUCCGGCAUCACAGCCCAGCCGAAGGUCGCCACAUCCCCCCCGAGCCAGGCCCGCCUGGAGCACUGCAUGCAAAUACAGCUGCUGGCUAGGACACACUAACUGAAGGCGUAGGCAUGGACUUCGUCAUGAAGCAGGCCCUUGGAGGGGCCACCAAGGAUAUGGGGAAGAUGCUGGGGGGAGAGGAGGAGAAAGACCCCGACGCACAGAAGAAGGAGGAGGAGCGGCAGGAGGCACUUCGGCAGCAGGAGGAGGAGCGCAAGGCCAAGCACGCGCGCAUGGAGGCGGAGCGUGAGAAGGUCCGGCAGCAGAUACGAGACAAGUAUGGGCUGAAGAAGAAGGAAGAGAAGGAGGCUGAAGAGAAGGCAGCCCUGGAGCAGCCGUGCGAGGGGAGCCUGACACGGCCCAAGAAGGCCAUCCCAGCAGGCUGUGGGGACGAGGACGAGGAGGAGGAGGAGAGCAUCCUGGACACGGUGCUCAAAUACCUGCCCGGGCCACUGCAGGACAUGUUCAAGAAGUAACUGGCCCUUCUGUCCCGUCCCCACUCCACUUGUUACCUUUUUUUUUUUUUUUUCCCAGGUCUUUCUUUUCUUUUCAUUCAGUUAAGUCUCAGUUCUGAAGGGGAAAACCUCAGUUGGCCUCUGCCCCUCUUCCCUGGCCAGGGGCUUCUCCCCCUCAGCAUUCCUUCACCCCCCCUUCAUCCCAGGGUAGCCAGCUCCCACCUCACUCCCAAGCUGCUUGAAGAGGAGACGACAGCUUUUCUCCAGGAGGGUGCGUUGAACCCGGUGCAAGAGACACUGGGCACCCCUCCUCUGGAAGCCUAAGGUCUAUGCUACCAUGGUAAUCCCCAUACAUUCCUUCAUGCUCCCCACUGCCAGGAGGACCACUGUCCCCAGCCAGCCAAAGUAAUGAUACAUUCCAGCCCUGCCCAGCAUGCUGACCUUUGACCUCUAAUCCCCACUGGGGCCUCCAGGUCAGGGCAGGGGCGUUGAGUGGCCUGACUCUGAAGAAGGAAGUCAGGGUAAGCCUGCCCUGGGAGGGCCCACCCUGAGGCUGGUCUGUUCUCUUCUGGCUGGGCCUGGGUCUGGGCAGGAGGCUGGGGCUCUCCUUUCCACCCUCUAAUGACACCUGGUCCAGGAGCACCCCUCCCCUAUCCUGCACCCGAAGAGGCAUAGCCCCUGCCAAGCCAGUCCCUCCAAAUGGAUCCUCUAUGGACUUUAACUCAUCUGUGGAGGGGCCCCAGGGUAGGGAAACCCCUAGGUCCUCCCCAACUCCACUUAGGUCCUGGGACCCCACUGCCAGGCUGAGCCCAGCUUGCCCAGCCAAGGGGCUGCCCAGGCCCCCCCCCCAGAAAACACUUGGAGCCAUUGGGCAGCGAUGGCCAAUGCCAUGGGACUCCCCCAUUGGUGCAGCCAAGCUGCCCCCAUUCUUAUCCACCCCUCUUCUUUACCCUGUCCUGUUCAUGUGCUUCCAGAGCCCCACAGUCCCCAAGAGGACCCUUCCUGGCCAAAUCCCCGAGCUUUGGGGGAGAAGCCAGGUCCCACUUGACAGAAGGUGUCUGUCCAUUCAUCUCACUGGCCAAGAACAAACUCUCCUCUGGGAUGUGUGAGGCUGGAAUUUGUUCUCCUCACUCCAAACUGUCAAGACCUGCUGCUCUGUCCACUGCUUGAGAACUGUGGGGCCAUGGAGUAAAUGAGAGAGAAAAGUGUGUGUUCAGGCAUGAGUGUACAUGGCAGAGGCUGCAUCAGGAAUUGUGUGUCCAGAGAUUGUACAAAUGAGCCUAUGGUUAGAGUAUCUUGAGAUUUUGUAUGUGUGUGUUAGUCAUCAUUGUUGUGUUAGAGACCAUGUAUGUUAGGCAGUCUUGCUUGAGGGGGUAUGUAUGAAUUGAGAUUGUCAUGUGUGCAUGCUAGCCGUCUCAUGCGUGUUAGAGCUUGCAUGUGUUAGCUUGUGCCUGUAUUUGUUUUCAAAAAUAGCAUGUAUGUCAAGAGUGAUGGGAAUGUGUUAGAUGUUACAGAAGUACGUGUGUGAGAGAGUUGUCAGAUAGGCUGAGACCGUUGAGUGUGUCUCUGUGGCUCUGAAAAGCCAAUUGGGUAUAAGAUGUGUGCUUAGGGAGAAGGAACAUAGGUAAGAUGACCCCUCUUGGCCCCCAAACCAUUUCAUAGGUGGCUACAUCCAACAGGAGACCUUGUCCUUGGCCUCGAGUCCUCCCACCCUUGGGGGGUUCCUGCCUGAAGUCCUCAGAAGUCCACAAGGACAGACCCAGGCAGUGCCCCAAGAAGCCAUGCUGGGCCCCCACCAGGGCCUACCCCAAAAGCAGGGGCCAGGGAGGGGGCGACUUGCCUGCCCCAAAGCCCCUGCCCCAUUGGCCCCAGUUUGCAUUCUGCAGGUUUUCCAUUUUAGUGAAUUUAUGCUUUUAUUUCAGAGAGAGACACAUGUCUUCUCUAUCUGUUUCCAAUAGUUAAAGCCAUAUCAGUUAGACUGCAAUACUUUAAAGACGAGACAAAACAAUCCAUAUGUUUAGGAAACCAGAAAAGUCCCCUGGUCUGUCCCUUCUCUAGGGAGCAGAGCCUCAGCAGCUCCAGCUCCCUGGACUUGCCCUUCUCCCCCACCCCCUCCUCUGUGCCCCUGUGUCCUGCCCCCCAGGGGGCCUGUGUCUGUGUCUGUGCCUGUGUCUGUGAUGGGGAGCCACCUUGCACCCCUGUUGUCUGCUUGUCUGUUUCUGUCUGUUAUCCUGGGCAGGAUGGUCAUUCUCAGGAGCCCCAGGGUUCUGGGGCAGAACAGGCAGGGCCUGGUCCUGGGGCCCCAGGCCUCCCCAGACCCUGUGUGUAGGCCCCACCUGGACACAGGGGUGGACCCCAAGUGCUCAGAAAGGUCUCCCUCUUGACAGGGGCCCACAGACCUCAAAGGUGGUGCCAGGGCACAGAGAAUGCCCAAUGGGCAGCAGGGACAGAGGCCUAGGGAUCUUCAGAUGAGCAGGGGGACCCAGCCAUGCAAGACAUCCCAGGAAAGCCUGAGGAACCCCAGAUCCUCAGAGGGCAUCCCUCUUGGUCUCCGCAGCCCCUCUAUACCCCCCCAGAGUGGGCUCAGGGCUUUUCCUAUAUGAGAGUGCCUUCUGGGCUGGCUGGCUUAGUCUGGUGCACAUCCUGGACUCCUCCAGACUCCUCCAGUCUGCUUCUGUGCAGCAGGACUGGAGGUCUUCCUGGAGGUGGGGACAGGAGGAGAAUUUCUGCCUGGGGCAUACCUGGCUCCAACCACUGCCAGGUGAUUGCUUUGGGGUCCACGGGAACAUGAGGAUCAUCAUUCCUGGCACAGACCUCACUGAGGAGAGAGACUAAUAUGUGACCUAGAGAGGAUGUCACAUGUCACACACUUAGAGGGCACAAAAUAUGUGUGAGGUGCUCUGGCAGGGAAGGGGGUCCACAUGAAGUACUGGGGGCAGGAGGUAUAUCAGGCCCACCGAUGGGAGGGGGAAGAGUGAGUCACACACAAACGGGGCAGUGUGCAUGUGACACGCUUAGGAGUUGGGGGCAGGGAGGGAGCCACCCUAGAAUUCAGCGAGUACACACACAGAAACAGUAUACAAGAGAGAUGGCCCCCAGCUAGAGAAACAGCAAAGAGCAGUCAUUGCAUGUGGGUGAAGAGAGAACUUCAGGGAAGUUGCUUGCCACGGAAGGCCACUGUCAUGCUCUGUGCCUGGGGGCUGACUGCCAGAGAGUAGGGAAGGAUGUGGGAUCUCCUGUGCUGGACACUGGCGAUGGCCAGAAUUUCCACGCAGGUACAUCCUCUGCUCUGGCUCCAGAAGUUCCUGAAAGGUGUCCUUAACUACAGAGGGGUCUCCUCCAAGGCAAGCAGGAGAUCAAAAGACUAUCCCAGCGAGACAGUGAGUGGGGAGGGCUCCAGAGAGAAGGAAGGGGAACGAGAGACAGAACAGAAGUACGUCAGUUCAGGCUCUUCUCAGGUGGAAGAGCUGGUGGGCCAAGAAGCCACCCCUUGGCUAGAGUAAGAUGGGGCAGACCACCAGCCCCAAGAGCCCCCAACACUCAGCUGACAGGAUUGCCCACCCCCCCCACCCCACCCAACUGCUCCAUCCUCCUGGGGUCCCGCAAUCCCUCAACUGCACAGGGGACUGAGGGGGACGCAGACUGGCUCAGAUGACAGGAUGUCUCUUGAGCCUGAGGACAUGUCUCCCCCCCUCCAUGUCCCUCUUGCCCCCUUUUCCCACCUCCUUCACUGGGGAGAGAACAAGAGGUGCUCCUGCUCGCCCUCGGGUGGGGACGGAGGUCCUAGUGUGACCCAGGUGAGGAUGACCAUCCUGCUCGCACGGGGGGGAUCCCUUUCCCACAUCUGUGCUGUGUCCUUGUUGCUCUGCUUCCUUUAAAUGUGUCAGUGCCUGGGGGGAGGGGAGGGGUGCCCCCCCGACCCCCCUGAACCUGACCAAAAGCCAUGGCUGUUGUUCCCCCUUUGUAUGAUGCAGAUGCUAAGAUGUACCAAACCAACCAUGACAACAAAGAAAAAACCUUGUACAGCA